GCAUCAUCGCCGUCCGUAGCUAUAAGUGUCACCCAAAAGUAGCUUGCCACCUUCUUUUAAUCCUAUAUAUUUCAUCAUAGUAUCAGCUAAAUACUAUCAAACAGUUGACGAAGUCAGGAAUCCCCGAAUGUGCUUCUAUUUUCAUAACUGGUAUAACAGGCUACAUUGGAGGAGCUCUGUGGCAUGUUAUUACUCAGAAAUAUCCUUUCUGUGUGGCAAGAACAUCCUGCCUCGUUCGAAUGAAGGAGAAAGGGGCCAGGUGCUGUCACGUUACCCAUCGGUUCGCCUCGUUUACGGUGACCCCGACGACACGCAGCUCAUCGAAGCCGAGGCAUCCAAAGCAGAUAUUAUACUGCAUCUUGCGAGUAUAGAGUACAUUGACUCUUCAAGAGCGAUCAGCCGUGCUCUUCAGGCUCGGGAGAAGCUCCACAAGCCAGCUUACUGGAUUUCCAACUCUGGGACGGAUAAUAUUGCGUGGAAGGAUUGUGGACAGAAAACGUACGGAGAGCCACCCAUAGAUGGAAUCUGUAAUGACUGGGACGGUCUGUCUGAGGUGACAUCCCGCGACGCGCAGAUGCGUGGGCUCAUCCAAUCAGCUGAAGUACGAAGGUUUGAAGCACAUGAGGCAGACAACCAUAUUGAUUUUGCGUCUCUCUGUUAUGGCGCCACGUCACGUUGCAAGGCGAUAAGAGCUCGAAGGCUUCUCGGGUAGGAGCCACGUCCUGCGGACAUCAAAACUGCCAUCUUGGAAGCGUUGGAAGUCGAGGCAAGGACGCUGGAGAUUUAAAACCGUUACAAGUGUGUCACCAAGGUGCAUUCUUCCACCCUCGCUUCGAACAUUUAGGGUUUGCUAGAUAGCCUAUGUGCCCAGUGUAGAAACCAACAUCACCAAUGGUUUGCCACUGGGCAUGAACUGUUCUCGUGUGUAUGGAAGGAUGAUAUUAGAGGCGUGUCUCGUCUCUUGGCGUUCAAUAGGUCCAAUAGGGCAUCCAAACGGUACAAUAAUCCACCAAGAGCUCACCGAAGCUCACAAAUACUGCCUCCGAGUUCAGACAGAGAGUGAGUCAUUGGACUUGUAGUCGGGAUAGCCUGCCGAAUAUGCGGUCAGGUUGAUUGUAAAAUGAGAUGACCCACGAAUACGUUAUCCAAUUGCAUAACGUAAAGCCCUGGGUCAUGGGGCCUCUCGGCGGUUUUGAUUGGGCGUCCACG